AUGCAGGAGAAUUACAAGACGGUGACCUCGCUGGGAUUCCCCAUUCCCAAACCUGAGCUCAUCGCCCAGCUGGAACGAGGGGAAGAGCCAUGGGUGCCAGAUCUCCAGGCCUCGGAGGAAAGGGAGAUCUCGAGAGGCACUCGCACAGGUGCUGAAAGAGUGAGUGAGAAGGAGGAGGAGAGUCAUCAUGAGCACGUUCCUGGGGAAGUGGAACCACAGGGGAACUUUGUGGGAAGAGCUGAAGGGAAUUUUUGCAAGUGCUUGGAAGAGGGAGAAGCCUGGGGAAAUUGGCACAGGUCAGAGAAGCUGCUGGGAAACCACCCAAGGAAGAAAGUGGAUGAAUCUAUUAAAUGUGGGGGAGGAGACAAGGAUCCCACAGCCCAGCAGACAAAUCCCAAGGAAGAGAAACCCUACUACUGCCUCCAGUGUGGGAAAGGAUUCAUUCUGAGAUCACACCUUGUGAUACAUCAGAUAAUCCAUACUGGACAGAAACCCCUUCAAUGCUUGGACCGUGGAGAAAGCUUCAGUAACUGCUCAGACCUGAAUAACUAUGGGAGAAACCACAUGAGAGAGAAACCUUAUCAAGCUCUUGAGUGUGGGAAAUGUCUGAGUUGCAAGUCAGCACUAAUUACAUACCAAAUAAGCCAAACACGAGAGAGACCCUAUAAGUGCUUAAACUGUGGCAAAAGUUUCACGUGGAGAUCAUCCCUUGUUAAGCAUCAGGCAUUCCACACAGGAGAGAGACCCCAUAAGUGCUUGGACUGUGAGAAAAGUUUCAUACAGAGGUCAGACCUUGUUAAACAUCAGGCAUUCCACACAGGAGAGAGACCCCAUAAGUGCUUGGACUGUGAGAAAAGAUUCAUACAUAGGUCAGACCUUGUUAAACAUCUGGCAAUCCACACAGGAGAGAGACCCCAUAAGUGCGUGGACUGUGGGAAAAGUUUCAUACAUAGGUCAGACCUUGUUAAACAUCAGGCAGUCCACACAGGAGAGAGACCCCUUAAGUGCUUAGACUGUGGAAAAAGUUUCAGAGACAGAUCAGCCCUUGUUAAACAUCAGGCAAUCCACACAGGAGAGAGACCCCAUAAGUGCUUAGACUGCGGGAAAAGUUUCAUUCAGAGGUCAGACCUUGUUAGACAUCAGGCAAUCCACACAGGAGAGAGACCCUAUAAGUGCUUGGAUUGUGAGAAAAGUUUCAUAUGGAGGUCAGACCUUGUUAAACAUCAGGCAAUCCAUAAGGGAGAGAGACCCCAUAAGUGCUUGGACUGUGAGAAAAGUUUCAUACAUAGGUCAGACCUUGUUAAACAUCAGGCAGUCCACACAGGAGAGAGACCCCUUAAGUGCUUAGACUGUGGAAAAAGUUUCAGAGACAGAUCAGCCCUUGUUAAACAUCAGGCAAUACACACAGGAGAGAGACCCCAUAAGUGCUUGGACUGCGGGAAAAGUUUCAUUCGGAGGUCAGAUCUUAUAAUACAUCAGAGGAUCCACACAGGAGAGAGACCCCAUAAUUGCUUGGAUUGUGGGAAAAGUUUCACAAACAGGUCAGCCCUUGUUAGACAUCAGGCAAUCCACACAGGAGAGAGACCCCAUAAGUGCUUGGACUGUGGGAAAAGUUUUAUACAGAGAUCGAACCUCAUUAAACAUGGGAGAAUCCACACAGGAUCUAAACUCCUGUGA